CUCACGACGAUCCAUAUAAGACCAUCGUUUUUAAGUCCUCAGCUAUCGCCACUAAUCCUUCACCUCCUCCGCGACUCUCGGACGACAUGGGAUCCAUCAAGGACGUGCUGCAGCUGACCCCCGACGAGGACGAGGAGGCGUGCCUGUAUGCCAUGCAGCUGCUUGGCGGCUCUGUCCUCGGCAUGACCCUCAAGGCCGCCGUCGAGCUCAAGCUUCUCGAGACCAUCGUCAGGGCCGGCCCUGGAGCCGUGCUGAGCCCCUCCGAAAUCGCCGCCAAACUGUCCACCGAUAACCCGCAGGCGGCCGUCAUGGUGGACCGGAUCCUCCGACUGCUCGCCGCUUUCCGCGUGGUCAGCUGUACCGUCGAGGCCGGCGACGGUGGCCGAGCCUCGCGCAAGUACGGUGCGGCGCCUGUCUGCAAGUACUUGACCAAGAACGAGGACGGCGUGUCCAUCGCCGCUCUGGGCUUGGCGGGCCACGACAAAGUCCUUAUGGAGUCCUGGUACUACUUGAAGGACGCAGUGUUGGAGGGCGGCAUCCCCUUCGACAAGGCCUACGGGAUGACGGCGUUCGAGUAUCCCGGUACCGACGCCCGGUUCAACCAGGUGUUCAACGAGGGCAUGAGGAACCACUCCACCAUAUUCACCAGAAAGCUGCUCCAGAAAUACCGCGGCUUCGACGACGUCAAGGUGCUCGUCGACGUCGGCGGUGGCACCGGCGGCACCCUCCGCUUGAUAACCUCUGAGCACCCUCACAUCAAGGGCGUCAAUUUCGACCUCCCUCAUGUCAUCUCCGACGCACCACCUAGCCCAGGUGUAGAGCACGUCAGUGGGGACAUGUUUGAGAGCGUGCCAACCGAAGGAGACGCCAUUUUUAUGAAGUGGAUUCUUCAUGAUUGGAGCGACGAGCACUGCUUAAAGCUACUGAAGAAUUGUUGGAGAGCUUUGUCGGAAGACGGAAAAGUGAUAGUGGUGGAAAGCGUAAUGCCAGUGGUGCCAAAGCCAACUCCACAAGCUCAGAAUGCUUGCGUAUCAGAUCUUGUUAUGUUGGCAUGCAAUCCUGGAGGCCGAGAGAGGACCGUGGAGGAGUUCCAAGACUUGGCAAGGGAGGCUGGAUUCCUAGGAUUCAAGUUCACAUAUUUGUUUGCUGGUUUUUGGGUCAUAGAAUUCACCAAGUAGGUCAUAAAAGUCGAGUAUUCUCUACUUGUGCUGGCAGUGUUGUCUUGCUUGGGGUUCCUUGAUCACACCUGCACCUUAUAUCCACAAUGAAUAAUUCCAAGACAUGAUAGUUCCUAAAUCAUUGGUAUAGUAUGCUGGCCAUCCCAAAGUUUUUGCACA